UACACAAGAAUCAAUAUGCUAGUGGCAAAGACUAAUGAUCUUUAAGUAUUACGUAUUACGACGAGCCGUUAUGUUUUCCUGUGAAAAGCAAUUCUUUGUAAAUGUUUUAACAGAACUCAUAUUUCUUUUGUUAAUACAUGGUCUGCGUAACUGGCGACGCAAUUGCAAUUGUCGAUGCGACACGAGUUGUUCCUUGCAGUUGUCACUUCGACUACAUCCGGAUAACCGUAGUCGCUUUCUUCCGUCAUCGAAGAGAUAAAAAAUGUGGUAUCAUUUAUUAUGGACCGUCAUAGUUUCUUAUUUUGUUGGAAGUCAAAGCCGUCUCUCUUCGCCGAAUGACCGUGCAGACAAUGAAAAAUUUUUCACGGAUAUCCUGGACAAAGUAUUGCAAACGUCACGACCUAACGAUGUCCUGCUCAUAUUUCGAGAUUCUCUAUUAAGCGGAGAGGCAAACGAUAUUCUCGGUAAAAUAGUCGCAACGAUAACUCGGAACGUAUCGACACUUUACGUAAACGCGGAUCAGACGGAGCCAGAGUUUCAGGUUUCUUCCUGGGCGAUGUCACGCGAUCUAGUCGUGUAUAUCUAUGUCUCGGAGCGAGGACCGGAUAUCGCCGAGUGCGAAGUCGUGGCCGAAGACACGAAACGCUUCAUUCACAAUCGCGUUCGGCCUAAGGUUCUCAUACUGAUGAUGCUUCAUCAACCGUGUCACGAUCUCGUGACGCUCUUCCGAGCGAUAUGGUCGAGGAAGAUUCUCGACGCGAUCGUCGUGGAGUACUCCAAAUCGGAAUACCUUAAGCAUCCUACGAUCGUCCAUCGGUACAACCCGUUCAUCGACAGCUACACCAAGGAACCAUAUUCUCCAGAUGUCACAUGGUUCACAGAUGAGUUUCCAAAUAUGCACGGUUAUCCAUUGGUGUAUGCCGUUACUACUCGGCAUCCAUACAGCAACAUUGUAUCAACAUUUAAGGGACAGGAAUUAAAAGGCAUGGAUAAGCUUAUGAAUGAAAUGCUGGCGGACAAAAUGAACUUUACCGGUAUACAAAAAAUUGUAGACGCCAUAUUUUUGCGAAGCUUAUCUAAUGGCUCUACAUAUGGUAUCAUGGUUGACCUAGCCUCCGGAAAAUAUGAUGCUCUAUUAGUUACGUUACCAAUAUGGGAGGAAUCAAUCAGCAAUAGAUUCAACGUACAAUACACCGAUUCUCUUGUCCUCGAGAAUUGGUGCUUCGCAAUACCAAGACUGCCCGCAAAACAAACUUUCAUAGUCGGCACUGUGAUACAAAUUUUUUUUAUGAAUUUCUCGAUCAUAGGAAUCUUGUGGUUGUGCUCAAAAUUAAUGAAGUUCAAUCCAAAUAGGUGGUAUACUGUGAGAAUCAUCGGUAUUAUACUGGGCACGUCCUUUCCACCGUCACCCACGAAGCUACACGAGCGAAUUGUCCUUUUAAGCAUCCUUAUUGUCUACAUUAGUUAUUCGUCAACAAUUUUUGCCGAGUUAACGAGCACCGGUUUAGAGAAUCGUUAUAUUCACUUUGAUCACCUAGAGGAUUUGAUGAAGUCCGAUCUCAUGUUAAUGAUGUUCGAUAAUUUAUGGUACAUGGUCAAGCAAUACAACCAUGAUUUUGAAUAUUACACACGCAAAUUAGGUAAAGAAAUCUUAAGUAUUCCUUCUACACAGAGUUGUGUCGAAGAUCUAUUUAUGCAUCAAAACACCUCCUGCUUUAUGAAUGAAGAUUGGGCCAAACUAGUCGCACUCAACAACAUGCGGAAUGGCAAGAUCAUGAUAGAGAUAACCAAACUUUGUUAUCUAUCGCUACCAAUCGGUAAUGUUUUUCCAAAAGGCUCGCCUUAUAUCAAACGUGUCAGCGAAAUAAUUUCAAUGCUCACGGAGGGGGGUAUUAGCGAUAAAUGGUAUCACGAAUAUCUGAGGAAUGAGACAAAAAUUGUUCAGAUAAAUCAGGAUCAAGCGAAUUCUAUGUACGUUAACGUAUUUUAUCCGAUAAUUUAUAAGCACAAGCACUUAAUAUCAAAGGCGACUCAAUAUCUCAUGAUUUUUUCAUGGGAACUUUUUCCAUAUGAUAAACUGUACGUCUUAAUUGAACAAGAAAUUGCCGGGCAUCUUCAUCGGCGCGAUUCGAGCGUAACGACCAAGAUGCAAGCGUAA